CUCCAACAUCACCACCGCCCCUCUCUACUCUUCGUGCUGAGCACACUCUCCAAGAUGCCGCCCAUACCAAGCGUAUGGCAGUGGCACAGCCUGGUUGCCAGGCAUGCCCAGGGCAUCCGGGAGGCCUUGCACAAGGUCGGCCGCGCCCUGGACGCCCACCUGUCAACGGGUCAGCCUCAAGCGAAGUUGGAAACCAUCCUCGUUCGCAAUACGCCCAAACAACCCCUACACCCCCUCGCACGCAUUCGCCAAAGCCAAUCGAGAUGGUACAGUACCGCGCGAAGGUACAUUGACGGCGCGAGGAACUUCUCCUCCGCUUCCACCACGCGAGGCGGCCAUGCCUAUGAUCGAGCUACGUUUGCGACGUUCAAAGUCGGUUCACGCAUCUCUCAAUCGUCCGGUCGAGCUCCUUUUGCUUCCACCCUGAGACCCAAUCUCACAGGAGGCACCUUGGGCCGGACUGCCGGCGGAUACACUAUAGGCUCGGGCAGGGUUGGCGGAGCGCGCUACUUCUCCCACGGUCCAGCCAGUCAGGCUCAAGUCGUGCAGAAUGUCUCCCAGGCCGUACGAGCCUUCUUCAUCUCGGGACAUAAAGCGCAGUUUGACGGAGUUUCACCAACCGGACAGAAGAAAUACAAGGCUGUGAGCAGUCUCCAGGAAGAGACCGGCCGAAAGAUGCGCUCCCUGCCCCGCGCUACUCCCGGCUCUCGCCUUGAAUUCGUCGUCAAUCCCACCAUCACUGCUCUCACCCAGCUCAACUCCAUCACUGGAUACGACUUGUCUGAGCAUGCGCAAGCCGACCACCUCAACACCGAUGGCCUCCUCGAUGUCCUAUCCAUCGACUUCUCCCGUGCCCUCAAAGACCUUGCCGCCGUCUUCAACGAUUUGAAGCGGCUUUCAGCGCUCGGUGAUCUGCCCAUUACAUAUGAAGGCUCGUCACUCCGCGUGCACUUUCCCGGCUGCGACGCAGAAACCGUAGAGAGGCUGUGCGAUGAGCUCAAUGUUCUUCGAGGGAAUGUUGUCGAGGAUGAAGCAUUCGACUCCUUUGUCGGCACCGACAUUGCUCUGCUCUUUCCCUUUGCUCCCAGUCAAGACGUGUCUGACUGCGAGAGUCUGUUCGACGAGGUACUCCCCAGGAAGGCCAUCGACUACCAAGACAUGUUUAUCCCUUCGAGUCCAGCAUACUCAACGCAAUCAGACACCGGCAUGGAGGAUGUCGAGGACGUAUUGCUAGUCGACAACCCAUGGCUUUCCUCACCCUCUGGAUACGAGUCUGCAAGGUCGAGCAGCGAGUAUGGAUCCAACAAACACGACCCUCUCGAAUACCAGGGCUUCGACGGCAUCUACAAGUUCAUUGAAGAGCUUGAUGCCGUGCGCAAAUGAUGAGGCGCAGACACGUAUGGCUACACCGCGGUUUAGAAUGAUAUCCCCACUUCAGCAAGAGGUCGUUAGGCGUACUUUCCUAUGUAGCAUUGCAAUCAAGUUGAUUGACCUU